UAUAUAUAAAAAGGAUAUAUAUAAAAAGUGAAAAUACUUCUGAUUAUUAUAAAUAUUGAAAUCUGUCAUUAUAAUUUAUUUCAUUUGUGUAUACAGAAUCAUUAAAGUAUUUUGCUAAUAUAAAUAUUUUAAAGAAAACUAUUUUCCUUUUUGUUUUCUUAACGUUAAUUAUUAGUAAUUAAUAUAUAUGUAUAUUUAUUUAUAAUUGUAAUUAUGGCAAAAGUUAUUACGAAGAAAAAGAAAUUGAAGAGACUAUCUACUAAGGAAGAGUUGGAGCUUUCUGAUAAAUCGGAAUUAAUAGAUAAAAUAUUGCAAUUAGAAGCUUAUAAUAUGCAACUUCAAACGAUACUUAAAAAAACUGAAACGCAUGAAAUGGAACGAACGAAAUGUCAUAAUAAGACUCAAAAACAGUUUGAUUUCACAAAGUGUCACAAAAGACAUAUUUUAUUAAAAUUGUACUACUUAGGUUGGGAUUAUGAUGGUUUUACAUGUCAAGAAGGAAAUAAUAAUACUAUUGAACAUCAUUUAUUUUCUGCUUUAAUAAAAAGUUGUUGUAUAGAAUCUCGUGAAAAAGCAAAUUAUCAUCGUUGUGGUAGAACAGAUAAAGGUGUUAGUGCUUUCUCUCAAGUAAUUAGUUUAGAUAUACGCAGCAAAUUGGAACCUGAGAAACAAAGUGAUUUACAAAAUGAAUUAUCAUAUUGUAAAAUAUUAAAUCGUUUACUUCCUCAAAAUAUAAGAUGCAUAGCUUGGAGUCCAGUUCCAAGUGAUUUCUCUGCUAGAUUUAAUUGCAAGGAUAGGACAUAUAAAUAUAUUUUUCCUAGAGGAAAAUUAAAUAUUGAUGCUAUGAAUAAAGCUGCUAAAUAUACUAUAGGCACACAUGAUUUUCGAAAUAUUUGUAAAAUGGAUGUUGCCAAUGGUGUGAUAAAUUUUAAAAGAAGAAUAAUUGAUGCUACAGUUUCUGUAAAACAAAAUGAUUAUAAUAAUCCAGGAUAUGAUAUAUGUGAAUUAAAAAUAACAAGUCAAGCUUUUCUUUGGCAUCAAAUACGUUGUUUAAUGGGAGUAUUAUUACUAGUAGGGCAAGAAAAAGAAAAACCAGAAAUUAUUUUAAAGUUACUUGAUAUUGAUAGUUAUCCAUGUAAACCUCAAUACAAUCUAGCUUGUGAAAUUCCUUUAAAUCUUUAUCACUCAGAAUAUGAAAAUAUCAAAUGGUUCUAUGAUAAAGAUGAAUUUAUAAAGGUUAUAAAAAUUUUACAACAAGACUGGUCAAUAAACACUGUGAAAUCAGCUAUGAUUAAAGAUAUGUUAAUGGAUUUAGAAAGUUUACAAAAUUGUACAGAUACAACAUUUCAAAAUGAUUGUUUACUUCUCGGUGUGCAUUCAAAAGUUUAUCAACCUUUAAUGGAAAGAGUAACUUGUGAAAGUUUAGAAAAUAGAAUAAAGCAUUACCAAAAAAAGGGUAAAUUUGAAUUAAUGGAUUUAAGUAAUAUGUAAUACUUAAGAUUAUCGAUAUUUCGGUAAGAAAUGUAAUCUUUGAAAACAAAAAAAUGAGACUAAAUACAGUUAUAUCUAUUUUCCAUAUGCCAAACUUGUACCUUUACAUUUGAUAAUUACAGAUUAUUUAUUGUAUUAAUUUUUACAUUUUUACCUUGAUUUAUUGUAUACAUUAGAUUCUAUUGUUGUUAAUGUUGAUGAAGUUGUAAUACCAUAAGAAAUCUCAGGAGAAGUUUCCAUUUGUAAUAAGAUUAUCAGAAAAGUUGUAAUACCUCCAAAAAACUAAUCGAUAUUUUAAUCACAAUAAGACGAGCAUUUUUAUAAUAAUUUUAUAUGAAAUUUUUAAAUAGAAAGAUAAAAUCUAAAAGACGUACCUGCUGAAUAAAUUUGUAACCAUAUUCGUAAAAACCAAACGCGGAAAAUUUCAGUCGCUUAUAAGUCAUUUCGGAUAUGAAUUGAAAAACCUUAUAAAAACAAAAUUUAAAUGUUAUAAUACAAGUGUUAGAGGGAUGGCGGGGAAAAUAAUCUAGAAUAUUUUCAAUUGCGAGUAACUUACCUCUUCGCGUAUUGUAACAUGAAAGGAAUCCAUUACUUUCUGAAUAAAUACUUGCGUCUUA